AAGAUGUCUUUGCCAAUUGGAAUGCAUCAUCGGGCAUUCAGUUAUGAUGAUGUCCUGGAGGAUCCCACACCGAUGACUCUGCCUUCAUCUGACAUAUGCAGUAAGGUUCUGUGGAAAAAGCCGGUCAUCCCAGAUCGGAAGUACCAACAGCUUUCCAAGGUUGAGGAAGGAGAAAAUAGUUUCUCCAUAAGCCCCUCAGCUUCCAGUGACCAAAUGAACAAGGCCCCAGUGGUGAAGGCUAAGGCAAUGCACAUCAUCAUGAAUUCUCUAAUUACAAAACAGACACAAGAGAGCAUCCAGCAUUUUGAGCAGCAAGCAGGGCUGACAGAUGCAGGAUACACUCCCCAUAAAGGCUUCACCACUGAAGAAGCUAAGCACCACGGUAUGGCAGAGGCAAUCCAUAAAUUGAAGUUGCAAAAUGGAGAAAUGACUAAAGAAGAUAGACUGACUGCUUCAACCCAGUCCACCCCAAGUAGUACACCCCAUUCUUCUCCCAAGCAAAAGCCCAGAGGCUGGUUUACUCAUGGAUCUUCUACUUCCUUACCUGGCCUAGAUGUCAGCAUCAUGGACUCUGGAAAUGCAGAUAGCGACAAGCCCUCAUGAAAAUGGAGCCUUUUUGGACCAAGAACCCUCCAGAAAUCCGACUCAGUUCAGUACAAAGGUACUCAGAAGCCAUCACCAAUGGAGCUCAUUUGGGUUCAGGCUACUAGAAUUGCAGAAGAUCCAGCAGCCUUAAAGCCACCUAAAAUGGACCUUCCAGUGAUGGAAGGAAAGAAACAACCUUCAUGGACCCAUAACCACAAACCAAGGGACAUGAAUGUGUUGACUCCUACAGGGUUCUAA